AAUUUCUCCCGUUUGGAAGACCGUAUCUCCAUGCAACUUUCAGGAUUUGUUUCCCUGAUAAUGAUCCAACUAUGUGCUAAAAAUCGUUUUGAUAUGUUCAGUACUUUUCGUUGAAAUUGGAAAAAUAGGCCUUCGGGUUUUACAAUCUGAGAGGAAAAGGCGCAAAGGUAGCAGGCAUUCUGAUCGAACGUGGGAUCUGGGCAGGCCGGCAUAGCGUGCCAUGAGAGCCAUGACCGACUCAUUGUGACCCUUUGAUGAUGGAGUUGCACCUCUGCCUAUCCAUAGCUGACCGGUAGGCUAAGGUCAGAGACAUGCCUGUCAGCUCCUUUAAUCCAUCGACCCAGCGGGGUUUCUGUCUGCAACGUGAACGGCCUUCAACCUUUCCUUGAACAAUAAUCUUCUACAGAUAUCGCGCCCGCAUGUACCAGAACGGCCGUGAUCAUCGCGUAUUUGGAUCGGUCCAUGGUGCCAGGCUAAUACAAAACGCGUGAUUCCAAAAUUAACAUACAGGAACAAAUGGCUACGUCACUAGAUAUGAAUAUUUAUAGCGUUUCUCUGAAAACUUUCUGAACUGGAGCGCGCUGUGUAAAGCCACGUUUUAAAACUGUAUAAAGGCCUGCAAAUGCAAAUUAACAAGCAAAUGUAUUUGUUACAUGUAAAGGGCAUUAUAUUCCUUCACAUCCGUUCGGAAAAGAAAUCUGAAAUUAAAAAAACACGUAUACACCAACUUAAAGUAUUUUACCUAUUCAACCCGUUGCUGUGUGGGAGUUUCCUGCUAUAGUUUGGUGCUUGAACAAAUCGACGUUCGUGGAGGAGGGAUCAACAGAAAUAGGUAAAGUAUUUGAAGCCCGUAAGGUUAAAGUCCACACAAUUUUAGUUGCUUUUGUACCGGUAUCGCACAGACGAAUAACCUUUUGAGCCUUACAAAUAAAAGACUGUUGGUUACAAAUAAAAGACUGUUGGUUGUAUGCUUUGAAAAGUCAACGCGAUCGCUAUCUGUCAAAGGGCACUUUUCCUGGGUGGUCUUAAGUAUUAUUAGAUCGUUAGCGUUGGGGUGAAUUGCAUGAUAAAGACAAUUACUGCUGCACCAAACGGUGAUACAUUGGUUCCAUUAUCAAUAUAAAAUGGCGCUUGGGUGUGCGAUGAGAUUUGUUACGGGGGUUCUCGUGCUCAUUCUGGUUGGGGCGUUCGCUCCAGCCGCUGAAUGUGGCGAUGUGAAACCCCGUCCGCCGAACGUCAUUAUCUUCAUAAUGGAUGAUGUCGGGAUGGGAGACAUCGGAUGCUUUGGUAACGACACGAUCAAGACUCCUAACAUCGACAGAUUGGCCAAGGAAGGAGCCAAACUAACGCAGAACAUGGCCAUGCCGAUGUGCACGCCCAGUCGAGCUGCGCUAAUGACCGGCCGACUGCCCGUACGUUAUGGUGUGGAGACCCCGGGACGGACAAGAGUGCUAUUUUUCCUGACUGCACAUGGCGGUUUGCCCUCCAGUGAAACCACGAUGGCUGAAAUGCUGAAAGAAAAGGGAUAUGCGACAGCAUUGAUAGGAAAAUGGCACCUGGGCAUCACGUGUGAAGAGGAGAAUUCCUGUUCCGAUCCUAAUUCGCAGGGAUUUGACUAUUUCUACGGCCAUCCACUGACUAACCUGCUGGACUGCGGUAACGUGAGCACUAUCUUCGAUGCCUGGGCCAAAGCUCGGGGGUUUUACACUAAGAUGAAGUCCUCGGUGGUUGCUGCAGUUGCGGCAGCUUUCCUUCUGAAGGGGAUGGGGGUUAUGUCUUGGAAGGGUGUCUCGUCCUUUAUUCUUAUUGCCCUGGCUGCAAAUGGACUAAUUCUCUUGUCCGCGAAGGCGACUAGUCUUGGCUGUGUGAUGAUGGAGAACCGCAAGAUUGUAGAGCAGCCCCUGACUUACGACCACCUGACCGAGCGGCUGCACAGCCGCGCCAUUCACUUCAUGGAGAACCAUCAGCACCAGCCCUUCCUUCUGGUCAUGUCCUUCAUACAGGCUCACACGGAACUGUUCAACAUGGACCGAUUCCGCCAUCACAGCGUGCACGGCCGCUACGGGGACAACUUGGAAGAGAUGGAUUGGAGCGCAGGGGAGAUUCUGUCGUCACUCAAGAAGCUGGGCCUGGAGAGGAACACCUUGGUGUAUGUGACGUCAGAUAAUGGAGGUCACGUGGAGGAGUUCACGGACGAGGGUGAACGACAUGGCGGCUGGAAUGGAAUCUAUAAAGGAAGUAAGGGAAGCACAUGGGAGGGUGGUAUCCGAGUUCCCGCCAUCAUCAAACUCCCUGGCGUCAUCCCACCAGGCACCGUGGUGUCUCAACCCACCCACCUACCGGACGUCUUACCAACAGUGGCCCGAGUCACCGGAGUCAAGCUGCCCACUGACAGGCUCUACGAUGGACGGGAUCUGAUUCCAUUGCUGACUAACGGCAGUAGCGAGAUGACACGCGAGUUUAUGUUCCACUACUGUGCAGGUUUCAUCAAUGCAGUCAGAUACAUGCCAAAAGGGUCUGACACCACUUACAAGCUUCACUACCGCACCAGUCGUCUGGUACCCGGCCCACACGGAAUCGAAGGCUGCUUUGACUCUUUCUUGUGUCAGUGUGUGGGCCCUGACACAGACCAACAUGACCCACCCUUGGUUUAUGACCUAACCAGGGACCCGUCUGAAACCAAACCACUGGACAGCAAGGACCCCCGAGUGAUCGAUGUCAUCUCCAAGGUAGCUAAGGCAGUGUCUGGGCACCAGGGUGAGUUACCAAAACCGAGAGAUCCGUGGUCUGCCUGGUUUAAUAACUUGCCCAGGCCCUGGGGUCGACCCUGGUGCGGUAACUUCCCCUUCUACACCUGCACCGACCCGUACUUGGAAAAGUUUAAAUCGAUGAAAACGAAGAAUUAAAACAAAUCUUUGCUGGUUAACAAUAGGGUUCCCGACCAAUCUCGGAUACCGCCAUCUUUGUGGUCACGUGGUAAUCUUAAGGAUCAUUUAUGGGUGCGUUCGAGUGGCUUCCCCGUAUAUACACGUGUACACACGGGGUUUACACUCGAGAAGCCACGAUAUGAGGCUAAUCGAAUUCUUCGGUGUGUAUUCGCGCGCCUGGUAUUCUGGGAAAAUUAAGGUCAGAAGUUGUUGUAUGGCGGGACUUUGAAUAUUAAUACACCAAACAUACUGUCGUCUGCUCCGAUUAAUAAUUGCUGGAAUCGGAAGAUAUAUAUGAAUUAUUAUAAAUAUUUCCAUCCAAUUUAACACAGUUAAUAAUUGGAAAAAGUUGUGUCAAAAAUCUCUCCAUGGUACUCAUUUCGUAAUCAAGUUCCCGCUAUCUUCAAAAUUGCUAUCCACAAAUUGUCCGGUUACUUAUACACGGGCAGCCACCAGAGACCUGCUCGCGAGCUGGGGCAGCGGUGGUUGAUACCGUAGCAUACACGAGUCUCACGUGAUAGCUAAUCGAGCUUUACUUACGAAAGUCUUAGCUACUCGAACGCACCCAAUUUCACUUGCCAUCAUGAUGUGUCUUAAUUGUAUUGUAAUCCCCCCCUCCUCCGAGAUUACCACGUGACCACAAACGUAGCGGUAUAUCCUCGAUAUGGUCCCACGACUUGACCGAUUAAAAUACACUAAAACACACGCAAGAAAUUAUCGAAAAAACGUCAAAUUUUAAAUUGAUAUUUUUUUCGAGGUCCUGGUGCAAAUUAAAAGUUAGAUUAUAAGUUGGAUAACACGUACUGAACAAAACUGAUCUUUGCUGAGUAUAAUUCCUACCCGGUUCUCAAUUAAUCUUCUUUUACAGAAUUCCAACGCAAAUAUUUACUUUCAGAAUGCAUGCUCCGGAGGGAGUUUUACUCGAGUUAUCCUUAUAAUUGUUUUUCUAAAACUGAAGUCAAUUUGCUUUCUAAGAAAUUAGUUUUAUAAAUCCUUUGCAUUGGUCAGAGAAUAAGUACACUGCCUCUAUUGUUCGGCCACAUACCAAACAUCGUAUCUCGUGAACUCUCCACUACCAAGUGAUGCGUCUUUAGCGUAGCAGGACUGAUGUUACCAUGCGAUUUUGACAAGUCAACGUGUUACUUGCGUGUGUUACUGUGCAGAUUAUCCUAAAAAUGUUGUGGACAAAAGGCCAAACGUUUUAAAAUCGCCGACAUUUUGUCAUAGUUUUUAUAUCAAUAGAAGUGUUGAGGUAAUUAAUUUUUUUAAUUUUAUCAUGAUCUCAAGAAAUUGUACAUGUCAUUUUUCAAUGUAUUUUUUUUUAAAAAUCUUCUGGAAAAGGCCUAUCAUUUCAAAAUUGCCGACAUGUUGUCACAGUUUUCAUAUCAAUGGAAGUGGGAUUUUUUUAAAAUUUUACCAGGAUCUCAUGUGCAUUUUUAAAUAAAUGGCCCAUAUUUGAAAAUCAUCCCCGAGGUGACAUGGCUACCAUCAAUAAAGUUAUUAUUAUUGUUAUUAUAUAAUGAGCCCCGCCGUAAUUAGAGGUGGACGAAGAUACAAUUAAUUGAUUAAAUACAGUACUCUGUAAACUGACUAAAUAAUGCAAACUUGGUUCAGUGGAAUUGUGUCUUUUUAUUUUUUUCGUUAUUAUUAAAUGGAAGCAUGAAAUGCAGUUUAUGCAACGCAUGUUUCAGUUUAAAGCA